CUUAAUUCAGGGGGUAAAAAUAAUAUAGACAUUCUACGGUUAUAUACCUUUUGAUUUCAAGUGAAACAGAAUGCGAGGACUUCUUUCUUGAGACAGUCGGCUGAUGUUCGAAAACAAAAGCAAUGUAAAAGUCGCGAUUAACAUGCAUUUGAAGAAACUCAACAAAAGCAAUUUAUUUACUGAGAACGAUAGAAAGUGCAUAUUUUUUUCUACUUAAAGCCAAAUUGAUAAGGAUGCAAAUGUUGAGGUGGACAUUUCAACUUCUUAUGAUGAGUGGUUGUUGGCGACCUCCCUCUUGGACAUCACCUAUCAAAAAACGCCUCUACAAUAUCUAUACAGUGUUUGUAUUCACGUUAAUUAACACAUCCAUGAUCCUUCAAAUCAUGGACCUGGUAUUAAUCGUGGAAAAUCAAGAUGAAUUAAGCGAAAAUAUCUUCCUGACGUUGACGAUGUUGGUAGCUUGUCAUAAAAUGUUCAGCAUGCUAAUGAGCCGUAAGAACAUCGCUGUAUUCAACGAUAUUUUGGAAAAUGAACCUUUUCAACCGGAAAAUGUGGAAGAAAUAGAGAUUCGAGGGAGAUUCAACAGGAGGGCUGAAAUACAAGCAUAUAUUUACACGGCUGUAGUCGAGCUGGCAGUGAUAUUCCAUUCGUGUAGCGGUGCUUUAAAGCCAGAAGGGCAAAAAAUGCCAUACAGAAUGUGGUUACCUUACAAACACCUCUCGUUAACAGUGAUCAUUUUUACUAACAUACAGCAAGCUCUAUCUUUGAUCACCACAUCUUUGGUACACAUCGCCUGUGAUAAUUUAAUCUGGGGCAUGCUGAUUCACACGUGCAGUCAAAUUGAGAUUCUUGGGUAUCGUCUGCAGGCGAUCAAACCGAGCGAGAGUCAGUCUGCGAAGUCAUCUGCGCGUUAUCAUGAUCGCGUGUAUCGAUUUGCCAAAAUGCUAAACGAAGAAUUUAAAUGGGUCAUCUUUGUCCAGUUUGGCGUGACUACAACGAUCGUAUGCUUCAACCUUUAUCUAUUAGUAACAGUAAGAAAUAUGAACGCGAAAUUUCUGAUAGCUGUAAUAUACACUUGCACUAUGCUAACACAAAUAUUCUUUUAUUGUUGGUAUGGGAACGAAGUUAAAACAAAGAGCCUCGAGGUAUCACAGAUGGCAUUCAGCACCGACUGGAUGUUUUUCAACAAAGAUAUUAAAACAAUUCUUUUGAUGAUUAUGAGACGUAGCGAUGUUUCCAUUGAAUUCACAAGUGCCCACGUUGUGUCUAUGAAUCUUGAAUCCUUCGUGAAGUUGCUGAAAACUUCUUACUCGGCGUAUAACAUGAUAUUUCAGCUACUAGCAGUGUGCGGUUGUUGGCAACCACCCUCUUCGGCAACACCCUUCAAAAAAUUUUUCUACACCGUCUAUACUGUGAUUCUAUUUAUAUUGUUAAACGCUAUAACAUUUUUACAAUGCCUGGAUUUGAUACUGGUCGUGGAAAACCAAGACGAAUUCAGCGAUAACAUUUAUCUAACGUUGACGAUGAUGGUUUCGUGUCAUAAAAUGUGCAGCAUGUUACCGAGCCAAAAGAACAUAACUGUUUUAAUUAAUAUCCUGGAGAAGAAGCCUUUUCAACCGGAAAAUGAGAAAGAGAUGGAGAUUCGUAAGAAAUUCGAUAAGAGAGCCCACUGGCAAGCAUUUCUUUAUUUAGCUGUAACUCAAUCGACAGUGAUAUUUUACUCAAGCACAGGGGUUUUCAAAACUGAUGCUAUGAAGUUGCCCUACAGAAUGUGGCUACCUUUCGAUUACCUUCCACUUUACCUGCACAUCAUCAUUUAUUUUCUACAAGUUGUAACUUUAGUCGCUGGAGCAGUAGUGCAUAAUGCCUGUGACGCUUUAAUAUGGGGUCUGUUCAUUCACACUUAUUCUCAGCUUGAGAUACUUGGAGCUCGUCUGAAAGCUAUCGAGCAAGGAAAUAAUCAGUCCGCAAAAGCGUCUGCUCGUUACCAUAAUCGAGUCUAUCGAUUCGCCAGAAUGAUAAAUGAAGAAUUUAAGAUGAUUAUUUUUGUUCAGUUCACCGUAAGCACGUUGGUGGUGUGCUUCACCCUUUACACACUGGUAACAACGAAUGAUGUGAAUGUAACAUUUUUGAAAAUAAUAAUGUACUCGUGUGCUAUGCUGGUGCAAAUAUUCUUCUUUUGUUGGUACGGAAAUGAAGUAAAAUUAAAGAGCAUUGGAAUUUCUGAUGUGAUAUUCGGAAUUGACUGGACACAAAUGAACAAUGACACUAAAAGAAUCCUCUUGAUGAUUAUGAGACGUGCCACACACUCUAUUGAAUUCACUAGUUUUCAUGUUGUGUCUCUGAAUUUGGAAUCAUUCGUAAACGAUGAAUUAAGUGAUAACAUUUAUCUAUUACUGACGACGGGGAUCGGGUGUCAAAAAAUGUACGGUAUGUUAUCGAGUCAUAAGAACAUUGUUGCUUUGUCUAAUAUCCUAGAGGAGGAGCCUUUUAAACCGGAAAACGAGGAAGAGAUGGAGAUCCGGAAGAGAUGGGACAAAAGAGUUCAUGGCAUUUUGAAAACUGAUGACAUAAAGCUGCCCUUCAGAAUGUGGCUGCCUUGCGAUUACCUUCCACUCUAUCUGCACAUCAUUCUUUACAUUCUGCAAGUUGCAGUUUUAAUCACUGGAUCUUUAGUGCACAUUGCCUGUGACACUUUGAUCUGGGGUCUUUUAAUUCACACUUAUUCUCAGCUGGAGAUACUCGGGUGUCGUCUGAGAGCGAUCAAACCCGAGGAUAAUCAUUCCGCGAAAGCGGCUGUUCGUUUCCAUAAUCGAGUGUAUCGAUUCGCGAGAAUGAUAAAUGAAGAAUUUAAAAUGAUUAUUUUUGUUCAGUUCACCGUAAGUACGUUGGUGGUGUGCUUCACCCUUUACAUACUGGUAAUAACGAAAGAGGUAAAUGCGACAUUUAUUAAAAUAAUAGUGUACGCGUGUUCUAUGCUGGUGCAGAUAUUCUUCUUUUGUUGGUAUGGGAACGAAGUGAAACUGAAGAGCCUCGAAAUUCCUAAUGUGAUAUUCGGAAGUGACUGGACGCAACUGAACAAAGAUACUAAAAGGAUUCUGUCGGUGAUUAUGAGGCGUGCUACCAAGUCCAUUGAAUUCACUAGUGGUCAUGUUGUGACUAUGAAUUUGGAGUCAUUUGUAAGCUUGCUUAAAACUUCCUACUCGGCGUAUAAUGUGCUUCAAAGUGGCCAGGGAUAGUACAAUCAGUACAUAUCACUUAAUUGUAGAAACAAAAAUAUUUGUCGAGU